AUGGGUGAAAUAGUUAUAUUCGGUGGGGAUUCCCACCCAGAAUUGGUCAAGAUGAUUUGUGAUAACCUAGCGAUCCACAGCUCUAAAGUACAAAUGGGUAAAUUUUCUAAUGGUGAGACUAGUGUUAGUGUUCGUGAAUCUGUACGUGAAAAAGAUGUUUAUGUGAUUCAGAGUGGAUGUGGCCAUGUAAAUGACACUUUUAUGGAACUGUUGAUUUUAAUCAGUGCUUGCAAGACCGCUAGUGCAUCUCGUGUCACUGCAGUGAUGCCCUAUUUCUGUUAUUCAAGACAACCUGAUAUACCCUACACUAACAAGGGUGCGCCAUUAAUUUCAAGAACUAGUGAAGAACGUUCUGAUGAAUUUAAUAAGUCUUUGUCUACCGGGCUGACUACUAGGAAACCAGGUGCUGAGAGUCCAUUCGAAGGUCCUGAAAGUUCGAUACGAUCUGAUGGUGGAAGAUCUGAGGAUUCCAAACCGUCAUCGUCUUCUUCUAACUCUACCUCGAAUUCUGAUGGUAUUAAGAAAUCCGUCUCAUUUUCACGUAUUCCAGUAAUCGCAGAUGGUAAGGACGCAGGUUCUACAAAGGCAGACGCAGGCGAAUUGUUUAACGCUCAAAAUGCAGGUUAUAAACUAUGGGUGGCUCAAGCGGGUACUCUGAUUGCUAAUCUUUUGACUACCGCUGGUGCUGACCAUGUAAUCACCAUGGAUUUACACGAUCCUCAGUUCCAAGGAUUCUUCGAUAUAUCGGUGGAUAACUUAUACUGUAAACCACUGGCUCAAAAGCAUAUCCAAUUUGGUAUCCCCAAUUACAAAGAAGCUGUGAUUGUUUCCCCCGAUGCAGGUGGUGCCAAAAGAGCUACCUCUAUUGCAGAUGCAUUAAAAUUAUCAUUUGCCCUAAUUCAUAAGGAAAGAAGGUCACAAUUACUAAAAGGCCCACCAGGUGCUACUCUAUCUUCAGGAGGCACUUUUUCCACAAAUCCCAAGCCACUAGUAUCCCAUCUGCAUUCUGCGGACAUGCAUCCAUCUAAUUCAGCUUCCAAAUAUGUGCAAACAACUAUGCUAGUUGGUGACGUUAGAAACAAAGUUUGCAUUAUUGUUGAUGAUUUGGUCGAUACCUCUUACACCAUUACUCGUGCAGCAAAACUUCUAAAGGAUCAAGGUGCAUCAAAAGUUUAUGCAUUAAUAACACAUGGUAUUUUUUCAGGUGAUGCCCUUUCAAGAAUCCGUCAAAGUGCUAUUGAUAAAUUAAUUGUCUCUAAUACAGUUCCCCAGCAUGAAACUGUUGCAUAUUUGGGUAAAGAUAAAGUUGACGUUAUGGACGUAUCAAGAAUUUUUGCGGAAGCAAUCAGAAGAGUCCAUAAUGGUGAAUCCAUCUCUAUGCUUUUUGAGCAUGGAUGGUAA